AUGUAUUCCUUGUUUCGUUUUAAGCGAAAUAUCAAUGGGUCGUUCGGUUUACCCAGCGAAAUAAGGUUAAAAACUUUGGAAGCUCAACCUACACCUGUCCAAGCUGUCAACAUUAUAUCAGAAACACAAGCAUUAAAUAUUUCAUGGAGCCCUUCCCAAUUUGCUGAUUUAUGUGUAAUAGAAUAUCGUUUGACGGGUUGGAUUAAUAAGAACUCAUCUAGUCAACGUUUUGAUAAACAAACAAAUGCCACCUCAAUCUAUAUUACUGGGCUUUAUGCGUGUCAGUUAUAUAGUAUUCAGAUAAUUCCAACUACUGGCAAUACUGAUGGGGAACCAGUAAUUACAGAAGUCGAAACUGCAGCAAAGGUAGCAAUGGCAAGUAAUAUACAAGCGUUGGCUCAGUAUCCAAAUGCUCUCGAGCUUAGCGCUGUUGAUUCAAACUUCAAUAACAAAUGUGAAACUAUAAUAGCAAGAUUCCUGUGCGAAGAAAGCAAGCCCGGAAAUGCCACAUAUAAGGUCGCCAGACAAUACGUGGAGGGUCAAGUCAAAGGAGUAACAUUUAAAGCAUUUUUGGCUCCACUUUCACCUUAUACAUCAUACAGAUGCGGAAUUGCUUUAUUCAAUGUUGCCGGAUGGUCUUCAGCGGAAGAAAUCAUUUUGUGGACCCUACCAUUCAAUCCAAAUCCCCCAGAGCUCUUAACACUGAAGUCAUCGACAAACACAUCAUUACAGUUUGAGUGGAAUUUGCCAAUAAAUUCUAAUGGAAAUAUUAAGUUAUACAUUUCAUAUUUUCAAUACAUAGGACCAAAAUAUUUUGUUUCAUCGAAAUGCUCUUUCGUAACUGAGGAAGGCAUAUCGCGAGAAACAGCUAGUUUGCAGCAGACUUUUCAAAACUUACUGGCAUAUACUUCAUACAGCCUUCAAGUAGCAGCUCAAAAUGAAUAUGGCGUGGGACAUUAUAGCAGACCACUUGUAGUGGAAACUGCACCAUGGAUUUCAGAACCACUUGAAAACCUUAACGCAGCAACAUUUGGUCCGUAUCCUACGGAAGAUCAAUAUCAAGCGCACGUUGUCAUCACGUGGACGAUUCCAUGUAAUACAAACGGAGAAAUCCAGACAUUUCAGCUCAAUAUUUUCGGCGUACGUGAGGGGCAACCCAAUCAUACCUACAAUCGAACAAUAUUACCAGUCUAUGAUAGUAACGGCUACGUCACUUACAAGGAAAGUAAUUUAAAACCUGAUUUUGACUACCUUGUCGAAAUCACUGUAAAUAUAAAGGAAGUAAGUAAGAGUAGCCUACCAGCAUCUACAAGUUUCAAGGCACCAUCUGCAAUACCAGAAAAGUUAGACGACUUGCAAGUUCAGAAAAUUGCAGUUGACUCUUUCUCCUCGUACAAUCCCACAAAAACUGCUGCAGUUAAAUUUCCGGUUGAUAUGCUAAAUACCGAUUUAGGAUCAAUAAUAUAUAUGGCUUUACUUGUAUCGGAAAAGGGAUGUAAUCCAGCGCCAAAACUUGAAUUGGAUUCUUUAAACUCGCAGGAAAAUUGGCCAUAUGUUAUGUCAUGGAAUGAUGCUUAUGCUAAUAAUAAAAAAAACUGUGUAAAUCAAUAUCAAGUAACAGAAGUUCGUUGGAACCCGUUGUCAGAAUUACUUUCCAAUGAAACUCACAUAACGUAUACAAUUGGAAGUAGCACUUGUGCCGAGACCUUACCAAAUAUAUGCUCGAAUUUUAGUGAAUGCACAACUGCAAAGAUAUAUUGUAACGGUCCUUUAAAGCCAGCUACCGAAUAUUACUUGGUGUUUCGAUUUUUUACUAGAUCUGGUUAUAACGAUGUAGCACUUUUGGAGUUUGCAACUGACUCUAUUUUUCAACUGACGCUAAUUAUUAUAUGCAUUUGCGGAUGUUUACUACUAUCUUUAAUUGCAGGCGUUUCGUAUAUUUGGAUUUCUAAACGUAUAUUUUGGUAA